UAGUGAUAUUCUCCGAAGCCUUAACGAAGUACACUCACACGUUAUCGGCGACAAGUUCUCUCUUCCAGAUUUGGCAUAAUUGAAGUUAGAUGCUAAACUAUCGUUACAUCUUUCUCUAAGCAGAAAGUUACGUCUUUUAUGAUAUCUACUCUUUGCUCAAAAUUAUGCUUUGAGGUAUGCUUUAAGUUUAAUAGGAUUGUAAAGAAGCGUAUAAAGUUUUGAACAAAGUGGUUGAAUUUUGGAAAUAAUGUCUGGAAAGCAUGGUAGAGAUUUGGCAUUGUCAAUGUUACGAACAUUACCAAGAGUGUGUUUAAGUAACAUUCGAGAUAAUCCUGGUUCAAGAAAACCUAAACAUCGCGGUCGGGCACAACACGGUGGAGAUAAACACGGAGCUGGAAAUAAAGGGUCUGGUCAGAGGCAAAAUUAUAUGCGACCUGGAUACGAAACUGGAAGUACUCCAUUUUAUCUCAGAUUUGGAUGCGAGCCAUAUUAUAAAGGGCAUCAUUUAAGAAGAGAAUAUCCACCAUUAUCUUUAAACACGCUACAAUUGUAUAUUGAUACAAAUAGGAUAGAUCCAACUAAACCUAUUGAUCUUAUAUCUAUAAUCAACACAGGAUUGUAUAACUUUAACAUACAAUUCAAGCAUGCAGGUGUUCAUCUGACAGAUUCGGGCGCUGAUUUGUUCAAAGCUAAAGUAAAUAUAGAAGUCCAGUGGGUCAGCGAGCCUGUAAUAGCAGCAAUUGAAAAAAAUGGUGGUACUAUUACAACCGCAUAUUACGACACUCACUCCUUAUUCGCGUUACACGAUGUAGAUAAAUUCUUUCGCAGAGGGGUGGCGAUACCACGCAGAAUGUUACCUCCAACAGAUUGCUUAGAAUAUUAUUCGAGCGCAGCAACAAGAGGAUAUUUAGCAAAUCCUGAGGAGGUUUCUCGGGAACGACUAGUUUUAUCUCAAAAAUAUGGUUAUGUACUUCCGAAGAUCGAGGAUGAUCCAAAUUAUGCGAUGCUUACCCAACGUAAAGAUCCUAGACAAUUAUUUUAUGGACUCGAACCUGGUUGGGUCGUUAGUCUUAAGGACAAAGUAAUUCUUAAGCCUAAAGAUAAUUAUCUUAAAGAAUAUUACACAAGUUGAAAUGUUUCUUUGUAUCGUGCUUGUUCGAUAGACAAAUAAAUAAUUUAC